GCUAAAAAGUCUCCAACUGUCAAAUAUGAAUCAUGAUGACAUAUUGGAGAAAUUAUUAACAGCUGUAAAACGUAAACAAAUACCACAAAUCAUGGAUUUAUUAACCAAUGAAAAAUUUAAAUGCAGCGUUAGUUCAGUGCUAAACAAAGAUACCAAACAACAUGGUAAACAAUUUUUGUACGAUCAACAAGAUGAUACUGCCUGGAGUUCCAAUGAGGGUAUACCACAAUGGAUAGCUAUUGAAUUUGAAGAAUCUCAAACUUUGAAAUCAUUUAGUUUUCAAUUUCAAGGUGGUUUUGCAGCCAAAGAAGCCAAAAUUCAAAUUCAUAAAUGUGAGCCAGUGGAAAACAGCUCUAUAUAUGAAGAGCCCUUUUAUGCGGAGGAUAUAAAUGCGGUGCAAAACUUUAAGCUUAAAACAGAGCAAACAAAUGUAAAAAGAAUCAAGUUUUUAAUUCAAAAUAGUACUGAUUUUUUUGGUCGCAUUAUUGUCUAUAAUUUAAUGAUUUUUAAAUAAAGUUUUUGAUAUUUUUAUAAAAACCAAACAUCUACUCACUUCUAGAGGGCACUAGUGUUGUUAAGUAUUACUCUCCACUCUUAAUGUCAUUUUGACACAUACAAAUUUUGACAGCCGGAUGUUGCAAAAGCGGCCAUAUUGAAAAUCACCUUUCCUUUUCUCUUUCUUUCGAAACGUGGAAAACGUCAACAUUGGUUGGUUUUCUCGUAUUGUAAAUUAAUUUUUACAAAAAAAUUCUCUACAAAUUAAGACAAUAUGCCCCGUGAAAUCAAAGAAGUUAAAGAUUUCUUGAACAAGGCCCGUCGUACCGAUGCUCGUGCCGUCAAGAUAAAGAAGAACCCCAACAACACCAAAUUCAAGAUUCGUUGCUCCCGUUUCUUGUACACCUUGGUCGUCCAAGACAAAGAGAAGGCCGAGAAAAUCAAGCAAUCCCUUCCCCCAGGCUUGGAAGUUAAGGAAGUCAAGUAAACUGUCUUCCCAAAAGCAAACAGUCCCCAACCUUUUUAGUUGCUAAAUAUUUUAACAUAAUGUCUGUCCGGCUGAGGAGGAAGAUGCUGUAGAGGAUGUGGAGUUGUAUAGAACAAAUGUGUGAUGUGUUGUAGAUGAAGCUGAUUUGGUGCAUGCAAAUACAAGUUGUAUUUUGUUUAUUUUUAAAUGCAACUUUUUGUAUGUUGCAAGGCAGUGACAAUUUGUGAUAAACAAUUUUACAACACCCUCAUGUAUUGCCUAUGCUGUUAUUUUAUACUAAAACAACAACAAAAACAUCAUUAAAAAAUACAACAAUGUUGUAAAUUAAAAAAAAAAACAAAA